UUUCUUACAAGUGUCCCUUCUUUCUUAACUCUUCUUACAGUUUCCAAUAUUUUAUUCAAACAACCACAACAACAACAUCCUUAGCCGCCUCUGUAUUUUUUCACAAAACCAAAAACUCUUGGAUCCUUUCUGUGUUGAUUUCUUGCUAUAAUUUCUGAUUGGGUUGAUUUGUUUUGUUUUUCAUCGUCAAUCAGCUUUAAGAAAGACUAUUCGCCAUGGAUUGGUAUUACGGAUGUGGAACGAACGAUUUCGUUGUACCAGGUGAUCAAGAUCUAUUGGCUACACAUCCUUCACCGGAAAACUGGUCAAAAUGGGGGAUUAAUGCACCGGAAGGUUACAAUUCACCUAAGAAUUUCAUGAGCAUGGAUUCAAAUACAACAGAAGCAGAAUUCAACUUCGACGGUGAAAGUUUCAGUAACCGAGUCAAGUUCGAAUCGUCUUCCUAUGAUAAAGCUCAAUCUAGCAGCUCAAGUGUAUGUGAAGGAUUGACUGAUCAAUCGUUUCAACAAACAUCGCUUUCACGUAAUCAUCAUCGUCGUCAGACGAACUACCAGCUUCAAGAACUUUCAUCAAGUUUUGAACAGACAGAUGACAUUUUCUUGGAUUCGAUACUCGAAGAUUUUCCGUGUGCUGAAAACCUAAACAAGUCUUUUUACUUUUAUCCUGAAAACCAAUGCAGCAAUUCACCUGGUGGAUUGCAGAGAGAUAUGGCAGCUUCUGAGUUUCUUUCAUGCAACUCGAAUUCUGAUGAUUGCUUGAAUAUAGAGACACUCCGAAUCUUGGAUCAUUCUGAGCAAUUCAAUGGAGAUGAAGCAAUGCAUAAUCACUCAUCUAUUGAGGAAUCUACACUGCAGAAUCUCGAGGCAAUAAUUUCACAGUUCAAUGACAAGACUCGAAUUAGCUUCCGAGACGCACUUUACCGCCUUGCCCGAGACACAAAACAACAGCACCCCGCAGACGAUCUAGACGGUGAUAUUAGCAUGCAAGAAGCCCUGAGGUCUGACGACCAGCAACCGAUGGAAUCAGAAACCAACAGUGUUGACAGAGCGGUCGCGAAUCUCAUGUUCAACGGAACCGCAUACACCGAAUGCUGAUCAAAUGCUGGAGUUUUGCUUAGUCAAUAGAACUCUGAGCUGAAAGCUAUAUGAAUGAAUAAGUAAAAACCAAUUCCCUGUAAAUAUUUCAGUUUGCACCAGAAAUUAUAAGUAUUAUGGAGCUUUUGUUGAAGGAAUAGCUGUUUGUACCCAGCAAAAUUUUGGUUGUAAUGUAAGUGAUUUUAGUUAAGCUAGGUUCAGGAUUCUUAGGUGUUUUGCUUAGUGUGUUUAUGAAUGGAUUUAUUACUAAUUAGCUAUUAGUGAUCCACUAAUCAGGAUCUUGAUACUUUGUCUUAUUGUAAAUGAGUGAAUCUAUCAACUAGCUGUUUGAAAA